UUUUUAUGUUAUGGAAUGAAUUAUGCAGAAAAAAUGAUAUGGUAGGCGUUUUUAAUCAAGCGAGGUUGACGAAAAGAAUGGGGAGGGGAAUAAGCAGCUGCUGUCAUUGACGUGCGUCGGUCGUUUUACCGCAGUACAUCUGCAGCGUCAACUGAGAGGGAGGCAGCUGCUGUGGCGCAGCAUAAGGCACUGUGAUCGCAACCAGGACACAUCUGUUGUGGCUUUUCCUUUUCCUCUGAUGGAUGAUGGAUUUAGUUGCUCGCAUGCACGUUGAUCUGCAAUGCCAGCGCGACCGGGAAUUAUUUCUUCGGUGCAAGGGCUUAUUAGAUAGCUGAAAAUUCUACGAUUUGCAUCAUUGGAGAGGACGUCCGAUUUUUCUCCGGAGGAGACUUUUAAAUUGACGUUAGUAGGCGAUCGGAUUUAGAUGAUUAUCUUUAGAUUAUGGAGGUUCGUGCAAACCAGAUGGUGUAUCUGUAAAGUAGUAUAAUUCACAUUUAUGUAAGACAAUGCAUCGUCAGUUGGUGGCAUGUCGCUCAAACAAAUAUUUUAAUGUCUUGUCAUUCGAUAUCAGAGAUAAUCGCAUCAAUUUCCACGCUGGUGUAACGAUGUCAAAUCUUAUUUUAACAACCUCAGGGAAAAGGUUAUAGAAUCUCAAGGUGAAAUACCGCAGGGCACUGUGAGUCAUCACAUGAAUUGGAAUGUUACACGUGCUGCUUUUUUUUUGUAAAUAAAAGCACAGCUAAUAUUGUCAGCAGCAAUAUUUUUUUCGCAUUUAACACUUUAAUCAGCAGGAAAAGGUUGACUUGAGCCAAAAUAUAUAUUUUAUGUGUCUUCUUUACAUUUUGCACAUUACAAUGCAUGUACUGUAUAGCUGCUCGGAUGCACUUUCUUUCAAAUAUGCAGUAUUCGUAAACUAAAUCGAUAACCAUCAAUCUAAACUAAAUAGAUUAAAAGAACCUUUUGGGACCCCUCGUUCCAAUAAAAAGCUACAAUCUCUAACAUGGCUUCUAUUCACAUACUUCUCCUUUUCCUCUCCUGCACAUCAUUUGUGUACCGAUGCGAUGGAGCAUGUGCAGAGCCGGAGUCGGACACACAGGCAGUGGUGGGCCGAGGCUUCAAACUGGGCUGCCUCUCCUGCAAGAGGAGGAGUGAAGUGAAAGCCACGGCUACUGUUGAAUGGUACUUCAAGGCCAAAGGAGAGGUCGACUUUGUGCAGAUCUACACCUACACUGAGAUGGGCCCCACGAUUGAAAACGAGCACUUCCUGGACCGUCUUGAUUGGAACGGGAGCAAGAGGAGCAAUGACAUCCAAGACGCGUCCAUAUAUAUUCUCAAUGUCACACUCAAUGACACGGGGACGUACCGCUGCUUCUUCAACCGUAUCCUCAACUACGACAACUACGAGUACACCACCGUUGUCAGCAAAGUGGUUUACCUCACAGUGGUGGAAAAGGCCACCAGAGGUACAGCCUCCAUCGUCUCUGAAGUCAUGAUGUACGUGACCAUCAUCGGCCUGCAAGUGUGGCUCCUCAUCGAGAUGAUCUACUGCUACAGGAAAAUAUCAGCGGCCGGGGAGGAAGCGUUAAGAGAAGCCGCGAAUGCUGAAUAUUUAGCGAUAGCCUCGGAAAGUAAAGACAACUGUGCAGGGGCACAAGUUGGAGAAUAGCCAAGGCUUCCAUUUUGGACUACAAACUUCCCUCCUAUCCAUCCUAUUAACUGCAUGAUAACAACUUGCGGAGGAGAAACUAUCGUCAUCUUAAGUCCUCUGUUUGAUCCUUUUUUCUUUCUUUGAUAUUGACCUCAAUUAAGAAUCCAGCACUGUAAAAAUAGUUAGCAACAUACACAAACUGCACAUGUACGAGAUACUUAUUAUGCAUUAACGAGCCAUUGUUUAAUUUGCAAAACUGCGCGAGCCUGUGGGACUCUGAGGUUGAAAAAAAAAAUAAAAAUAAUUCUUCGACUUGAAUAGAUAAAGCUGUGACAAACUCAGGCAUCUCAGUAGGAAAGGGGGUCUCCAUUCUCUGGGUGGUCAGACCCCAAAAAAAACUCUGGAGGGCUUGUAACUAACUCUGAGGGACUGUAAAGACUUUAUUAGGGGAUGCAUCCUUUGGAGUUGGAAAGAUGGCUCCCACAAAGAAUGCAAGCACAGGACACUUUUAAUAGUUUAAGAUGCCUGGCACAGACCAGAUGGUCAUCUCCAUUCUCACCUCCGCUGAACAUAUCACCAGCACUGUGGGUUUGGGCUUCACCAAGCAGCUCAGUGGACACACCUUCAUUGUGGAACAUUCACUAUCAUCUCGGUUCCAACGAAAAGGACCCUUGACGGCUGAACCCUGCCAGAGGCUACACCCUUCAUACUUUCUAAAGAGCUUCUACUUGAUGUGCUCCUCUAGUCUGCAAAACUCCUACAAGUCAAUCUUAAACUGGAGAAAGUUACUUCAAGUGCUCUUUGUGAAACCUACAGUUUUUUUUGUCAUAUUUUGUGAAUCACUGUCCAGCAAAAUUCCAUCCACUCUUUAUUUAACAAAUGAUUACGGCGAUUAAUCACACUAUGAGCCAAAGUUUCAAGCAGACCAAUUUUAUCUUAUUAGAAGGGUGUGCACUUUAUGUAAACUGCUAACACUUAGCAUGAAUUAAACCUUUAAAGACCAGAGAUUAAUAAAGAUUAGUGACACUCACAA